AUGUCGGCUGUGCCCUUCAAAGUGAAGGCGCUGUACGAAUACUCCUCUCCUCACGACGAUGACCUGCAAUUCCCUCCCGGUGUCAUCAUCACCGUAACCGAAGAAGAAGAUGACGACUGGUACGUUGGCGAAUAUGUCGACGACGCCGGAGCCAAGCACGAAGGCAUCUUUCCCCGUAACUUUGUCGAGAAGUACGAGCCUCAAGCACCACCUCGACCUGUGAGGAGCCGCACCAAAAAGGAGAACGAACCACCUGCUGCUGCGCCGUCCGAGCCCGCGGCUGCCGCCUCGUUGCCUGCGUCUGCGCAUGCCCCGGUGCCUGCUCCUGCGCAGGAGCCAGAGCCUCAAUCGACCCGACAGUCUGAAUCAGAAGCCCCUCGUGAUGUACCUGUUACAGAGGAGAAGCCUGAGAAGGCAUACGACAUUCCAGAGCCCGCUCCCAUCGCUAUACCGCUCUCGUCCAAGGAACCGGUAGCUCCGGUCGACGGCACUGUUCAGUCCCCGAAGGAGAUCACCGAAAAUCUGCCCCAGUCGACUGCUGCAGCUACUGCGGAGCCUGUUCCCGCCCCUCCUGUGCCCAAGGCUGCCGAGCAUGCCGCCUCUAGUUCUCCUCCUGCCGCGAAGCCCGUACCGGCGCAGGCGAAACCCUCGAGCGGCCCGCCCGUUUCAAACAAGCCGUCGAGCAAUGCCUUCAAAGACCGCAUCGCGGCUUUCAACAAGUCGGCACCGCCUCCCGCACCCUUCAAGCCUAGUGGAAUAGGUGCUGCCGGCUCUGCUUUUGUCAAGAAGCCCUUCGUCGCUCCGCCUCCCAGUCGCAACGCCUACAUCCCCCCGCCUCAGCAAGCCCCCACUACGAAAGUGUACAGGAGAGAGGAGGAUCCCGAGAUCAAGGAGCAAGAGGCCGAGGCCCACGACAAUGCGGAAAAGGCUGGCUUUUCCACCUCCAACGACCAAGACGACGGUAACUCUGAUCAGCCCAAACCUACAAGCCUGAAAGAGCGCAUCGCACUACUCCAGAAACAGCAGAUGGAACAAGCGCAGCGUCAUGCCGAAUCGGUCACCAAAAAGGAAAAGCCAAAGCGGCCGGCCAAGGCACGUACAGAGAGCCACGAUGCCCCGGAAGCCCUGACUGAGGGCCCAGACGUCACCUCUCCUGUGCUGGAGGGUCCUGGCGCCGAUGAUGUCGGUGCGAGAACUUCGAUUGACUCGGACAGACUUCCGCCUCCACCGAGGCGCAAAUCCUCCAAGGGCCCUGUGGAGUCAUACCAUGAUGGAAAUGAAGCCGAUAUGUCGGGGGCGGGCGACACGACUGAGGGACAGGAGGAUCUCACCGAGCGCGAGGACAGCGACGAGAGGCCUCGCCGCAUGUCUCGCGUGCCUACGAACCCCGGACCUGUUCCUCCUCCCCGGGCGUCGAUCGAUAAGACUGCCGUCAAGGAUGACGCUGAUGUCGUCGAGGAGGAAGCCGCUGAUGAGGAGGAAGAGGACGAUGACGAGGAUAUCGACCCUGAAGCCCGGAGAAAGGAAGAGCUCCGUGCCAGGAUGGCGAAAAUGAGCGGAGGUAUGGGCAUGAUGGGCAUGCAUUCGCUCUUUGGUGGCCCAGCACCAGCCAGUGCACCGCCCCAAGAAGAAGAAGGCCGACAAACAGCACGCUGA